AUGGAGGCCGCAAGCUCGGGCUUCUGCGUCAUCCUGCUUCUGUUCGCUCUCACGACUGUCAUCGCGUCGACGCUGCUCUAUCUCUUCGAGGCGCCGCAGUGCCUCCAGGGUUGGGUGACGCCCGGGGACGAGCUGUACGCCAUUCCGCCGCAGGACUGCACUGCGCAGUCGAACUUCGACUCGAUCCCGGCGGUGUUCUGGUGGGCCGUGACGACGCUCACCACGGUCGGCUACGGCGACAUGGUGCCCACGUCGCCCGCGGGCAAGGUGGUCGCCGGGCUGAUGUGCGUCUGCGGGGUGAUGAUCAUGAUCGUGGCCUCGGCACAGUUCUCCCUCCUCUUCCGCGAGAGGUGGGUGCAGGCCAAGGCGCGGGACCACUUCAGGCGGCAGCUGGAGAGCCACAGCGAUAGCGCGCUGGCCAGGGAGCUUGACGAGGUAGAGCAGCUGGCUGCGAGCAUGCGGCACGCCGUCGACCAGCUGGUGGCCAGGGUCGCGGGCGCCUCGCUCGAGGUCGGUGGCGAGUCAACUCCGGCCGAGGUCGCGCCCCUUCUGAUGUCCAUCAGGGCCCACGCCUCCGUGCUCAACCUCGGCACGUCUGCGUUCAUCUACGACGCGCUGGCCUCGGCGCUCCUCGAGAGCGAGGCCAAGUCUGCGAUCCCGGAGGAGGGGCCUCCGGACGCGGAGGGCUUCCUGGAGCGGAGGACGUCCAUGAACGACGUUGGCAGCGCCCCGACCACGGCGGCCAUCGUCCGUCAGCUGAGCCCCGCGGGCGCGUGCCCUGGCAGCCGCCUCGACCGCCUCAGGAAGUACGGGCGAGCCACCACCACGGCCCUGACGGAGGAGGAGAUGCACCCGCUCGAGGAGGCCUCGGGUGCCAUCGACGCGGCGGAGAGGAGGCGCAGCGAGCCCGGGCUGGUGGCGCUCCGCAGCCCCGAUCGCUUCGGCGAGGACGCCGCGGCGGUUGCCGAAGGCGCGGGGGCCGGGGCAGGUCCUCCGCCAACGGGUCUCGCACCCGAGCUCCCCGACGAGGACGGCGAGGCUGACGGGUGCGCCGCCCUGCCCGGCGCCGUGCUGGAGCCGCGUGCCCAGGCUCGGGCGCGGCCCGCGACAGCGGGCGAGGAGGACGGCAUCGAUGCCGACGGCGAGGCCGAGGGGUGCGCCACGGCUGCCGCCCCCGCGCUCCCCGCCGCGCUCCCCGCCGCAGCCCCGGAGCGGUCUGGGGCAGCGGCCGGCGAGGCCGACGGCGAGGACGACGGACGCGCCGCGGGCAGCGCAACCGCGCCCCCCGCCGCAGUCGCAGCGCGGCCAGCGGGAGCGGCCGGCGCUGACGGCGAUGACGCAGCCGACGAUGCUCUGCGGUGA